AUGGAGUUCUCGUUACCUGUCACGAAUGGCAACAAUAGGGACUCGACUGUGGAGGACGUGGACGACAUGACUUUCUUGAGACAUCCCCGUCAGGGCUCAUCCGGGUAUAUGUUGGCCAACACCGACACCACCACUGAUAGCAACACGGAAUGGGAGGACAAGAGGAGACAAUUGUUGGCCGAAAGGCGUGCCAUCGAAGAGCGAACUCUUGAGAGCUCUAAAGUAUCGUUGGGUUUGGUCUACGAGACCGAGAAGACGGGUAUCGAGACGGCAGAAGAGUUGGUCCGACAGAGGGAACAGUUGGAUAACGUGGAGGAGAAGUUGGACUCAAUGAACUCCAUUAUGAGAGUCUCUCAAAAGCAUUUGACUUCAAUGAAGAGUAUUUUUGGCGGUUUUAAGAACUACUUCUCCAAGAAUGAGACCAAUCCUACGAUCGCUAAUAAGAGUCAAAGUAAUGGCAUGGAUCACAAACUGGACCAAAAUCUCUCUGAAAUCGACUUAGGGUUGGGAAGACUCAAGAACUUAGCGCUGGGUUUGGGCUCAGAGAUCGAGGAACAGAACCAAUCGCUGGACCGCAUCACCGGUAAAGCAGAGAGAGCUGAAGACACUCUUCAGCACCAAAAUAGACAAAUGAAGAGAAUUCUCAAAAACUAA